AUGUCGCACAACAUGGCUACCCCUCAGCAGAACCCGCCCCAGCUACCCCAGCAAUCACUGCCUCAGCAACAACAGCAGCCCUCACGACCCAUUCCUCAUCCUCCACAGCAGUCGCAACAGCCACAUCAGCCCAUGCAGCCUGUCUCGCGUCCUUACUCGCCCUAUCAGAACAAUGCCACACCAGCCGCCAUCGCUCUGCCUCCGGCCAAGAGACCACGCCUUUCACCUAAUCCUCAGUCACCUCACACUGCUCAGAGUCCAUAUCCGCCGCCUCCUGCCCUUCCCGAAAGUCCUUAUGCCACUUACUCGCCCAUGACUGCUGGUAGUCCUCCCGCUUUCAAUGCGCCUCAGCCCUACGCUCCUUCACCCAUGCCUGGAGCCAUGGGCCCUCCUCCACGACCUACGCAGGAAAAGGCUGAGAAAGAGGACAAGGAAAAGAUCACUGACAUCAGCGACGUUACUGAUGUCUUCCACGGUUCGGGUAUCGAUCUUAGGGAAGAAGAAAACUACAUGACUAGCACCUACAGAAACGUGCAUAAGAACACGUCCUUCAACACCUCUUUUGGCUCCAGCACAACUGCCGCUUCUCCAAACAAUAGCUUUGGUCUGGUCUCGCAAGGCAGUUUCGGGAGUCAGCCUGCUUUUGCGGGAAGCGGGCCUAUUUCGCAACCUCCAGUUUCGCAAGAAUCUGUCAAGGACGAGAUUGAUCAGAAACACCGCGCCGCUGCACUUGCACUCAACGAGAAGCGUCAGCAGCACCUGACUGAUCCGUUCCUGCAAGCUAACAACAUUCGUCAUCGCAUGCACCGCAUUGCUUAUGAUCAAGGCGUUGCCCUUAAUGUGGACGGACUGUAUGACAAACUGCCGGAACGGCCACAGGGAAUUCAAGGUGUCUCGGCGACGGGACCCAAUGGCACAGCUGCAGCCGUCAAAGGACAUGGCUUGCUUCAAGAGACGGCGCCUUUGGCUGAAAUUCUCACCCUCAUAUCGCUCGCUGCAAACGAGAGAGUCCGUUCCCUGGUUGACGAAUCAUAUGCCAUUGCUCGUGGCAGACGCUACGGUAGCCAUGGAGUUGUUCCACCGAACCUGUCAGAUCUUGCGAUUGGUGAGAACGAAACAGCAGCUGUGGCUGAGAUACCACGCAUCACGAAUACAGCAUGGGAGAAGGUGCCUGAAGACAAUCUCAAUGGUAUCGAGGGUGGUGAGGUAAAAUCCGAAGCAACCGAAAACAAACCGCUACCGACAAAGUCAUUUUCCUCGGCUAUUUCUACACAUCUAUUGGAGCUGGCUAAACAAGAUCGUGAUGCCGAACGCGAACGUGUUCGUAAGCGCCAGGAACGUGCAAAGCGUGCCAACUCAACGUCAAAUGUGGAUGGUGUCAACGGCAACGAUGCGACAUCUGGACCUGCAACACCCUCUGCAGCUGCCGCUCCAUCCUCCACAGAUGCUUCUGGUGCUGCCCCGGAAAAGCCGAUGACUAAGAAGGAACGUGAGCGACAGGCCAAGAUGGGCCAGACUGAAGAAGUCUUGCACAAGAAUUCAAACACAACCGCUGCCCUGCAAUUAGGUAUGGGCAAGAAGAAAAAGUACAGUUGGUUGACGGGUGGUGCGCCAGCAGCGCCUGUGAACCCUUACAAGCAGACUCCCAAAUCCACUUCAGCUAGCGCGGCGACAAGUGGCACUGGUGGCGGGAAGAAUGCUUCGAAUGGCGGCAAUAGCAUGGACAAGGCGCUACAGGUCCGUGAAAGAAAGUGGGGAAGUUGGAGAGAAGACGGCGUGGAAGGCAGAGGCAUCCAGAUCAGAGACUGGGUCGUUGUGCUUGAGAGAGAUGGUAAAGAGAAGAAGGCACUACAAAAGAGUCUGCUCAAGCUCGAGAGUAUUUCGGGAGAGUAA